AUGGAAACAUGGGUUUUGCUUACAGUCGAAGCUGUAACUUCUAAACAAUCCAAGAAGUCUAAGGAUGAUGAAGCAGAGGUACCAGUUACAAGUACGAAAAAGUCUACAUCCAAGUCUCCUAAGAACAAGCCUGAAAGUGAUACGAAGAGGGCAGAAGAGGUUAUUGUUGUUAAGCCUUCGAAACUGUUCUCAUGUGGAACAAGAAAAGGAAGUGAAACCCAAUUGGUUGAGUGGAAUGUGAUUAAUGGAGCCAUCAAGAGGGAAUAUUCUGGUUUAAGAAAGAAGUUUAUGGGGGUUGUAGACUUCGACACCCUAAGAAAUCGUUUCUUAGCUGCUGGAGACGGGUUUCACAUAAAGUUUUGGGACAUGGAUAGUAUCCAAGUGCUGAAACAUACCUAUACAGAUGCUCGAUUGCAUGCAAGUCCUAGAUUAAGAUUUAACAAGGAAGGGUCAUUGCUGGCAGUCACCACAUGCGACAACGGAAUUAUAAUCUUGGCAAAUGAUGAUGGGCAGCGCUUUGUCACUGAAUUAAAAGAUGGAAUUUAUAGCGAGUCCAGGCAUAUACAGUUUCAAAGGCUAAUUCAGAAAGCAGUAAGGAUGUGGAGAUCAAACCAAGAAUUAUGGAUGGUGCAUGGCGGCAACCUUUGCAAUUUAUAA